CCGCCCCACGGUUCCACUGAAUGGGAAAAUCAACAUAAAAUUUCGUAGAUUUUGUUUGAAAACAAAAACGAAAUGUCGGAAAACGAUGUGGACAAGUGGAUCGAGACGGUCAAGGAGUGCAAGUACCUGCCCGAGAACCAGUUAAAGAAACUCUGCGAGAUGGUCUGCGACAUACUGGUAGAGGAGUCAAACAUCCUGCCCGUCAGCACGCCGGUCACAGUCUGCGGAGACAUCCAUGGCCAGUUCUAUGACCUGGAACAGCUGUUCCGGACAGGCGGCCAGGUGCCGGACACCAACUACAUAUUCAUGGGCGACUUUGUCGAUCGUGGCUACUACUCCCUGGAAACGUUCACCCGCUUGCUGACCCUGAAGGCGCGCUACCCCAACCGGAUAACGCUGCUGCGCGGCAACCACGAGACCCGACAGAUCACCAAGGUGUAUGGCUUCUUCGACGAGUGCUUCAGCAAAUACGGCAAUGCCAAUGGUUGGAAGUACUGCUGCAAGGUCUUUGAUCUGCUCACCAUCGCUGCCAUCAUCGACGAGGAAGUUUUGUGCGUGCACGGCGGCCUGAGUCCAGAGAUCAUCACUUUGGAUCAAAUCCGGACAAUUGAACGGAAUGGCGAGAUACCGUACAAGGGUGCGUUCUGCGAUCUGGUUUGGUCAGAUCCCGAGGAUAUGGAGUUCUGGGGCCAAAGUCCACGCGGCGCUGGCUGGCUGUUCGGUCACAACGUGACCAAGGACUUUAUGGCGAUCAAUAAUCUGGAUUUGAUCUGUCGUGCUCAUCAACUGGUCAACGAGGGCAUCAAGUAUAUGUUCGAGGGCAAGCUGGUGACUGUGUGGUCGGCGCCCAACUAUUGCUAUCGGUGCGGAAACGUGGCGGCGAUCCUAAGCUUCGACACAGCGCAACAGCGGCAGACGAAGAUCUUUGUGGCGGUGCCGGAUGGAGAACGAGUGAUACCAAAGCAGAACACGACGCCGUACUUCCUGUAAAUCAACCUAUUGUGUUCCAUGAAACGAAUAUAUCCGCCCAGUCAACCAGAGGAGAUUAUGUACGUACGCUUUUUGGACGCAGUGCGGAGAGCAGCCUUCGGGCCUGAGUCUACCUUUACCGCCUAUAUUGCCUUUAACGAAACGUAAAAACGAACACAACAACACUCAAAUGUAUCAUAUCUAUUUAGUUAGAUUAAAAAGUGUAUCCUUCAUUUAGUUUUAUAUGUUAUUAAACAUAAAUUAAACUUCGAACUUUAACGUCUUCUUUAGAGAAAGACUUUCUUUCGGUA